GAUAUCUCGGAUGAGGGAGAUUCUGUUGAAAAAGAAAAAAAAUCGCAACACAUCACAUCAACCAGUCCUCGCUCCUCCAGCAGUUGAUUGAAACAAAUCAAAUCAUUCUGAUGGGUAACCAAAACACAGUCAAAACGCUCCCGGUUGGAGCAAUCCCAUUCUUUCUCCUUGCUUGGUGUGUGAAGGCUAAUGCUCAUUUGUAUUACUUGUUGGAAUCAAGAGGCUCAGAACAACAACGAUGAUGUGUGCGCCUCUGCCGAUCCGUCUCCUUGGCCUCCUCCUGUUGCUCGUUGUCGUUGUUCUUGAUGUGAGUGCGUUUGUGGUACCCUCUCGUACUGCUGCGUCUUCUUCUGUCACUUUUUCGGGAGUGGAAACACCCUCGACACCAGUGUUUGUCCCCAAACCAGAAGAAGGAAGCACAUCGCUUCACGUGGGAGGGGUAUACGGUCCUUAUCAAGGAACUGCCGACUUUAACACUCCCAUGAAGAUGCUCCAGCGACGCAACGGCAAGAACCGAAGAUUCGAAGUGGCCAACAAUGGCUUUUUCGAUGUGGACCCGGCAUUUAGCGCAGUUUCCACCAUUGUCAUGGAUGCUCGUAUGGCACAACAAGAGCUAUUGGAAGCACAGCAACGCAAGCAGAGACAAGUGAUUGCCGCAUCGGCCGCUGUGGCUUGUGCCGUCCUGAUCUCCAAGCAAAUGGUAGCAUGGGGAGGACUGCCCUAUCUCAUCUCCAAGAUUCCCUUUUGUUACAAGGCAUACCCAUUGAAAGCAUCCAUUGCUACCUGCGGUUUAAACUCCAUUGUGGGAGAUUCCAUUUCGCAAAUGCAAGGAUGGAAACCAAGUGAAGGAAUAUUCACCUUUCAAUGGAGACAACACGUGGCUAGUUUGGUAUAUGGUUCUACUAUUUUGGGAAUUGGGAGCAAUAUGGUCUACACCAAGCUGUUGCCUGCCUUGUUCCCUCAUGGAGGCAUCACGUCCAUUAUUUCAUCUGCCAUUUUGGACAACUUUGUCUUUGCGCCAAUGCUGUGGCUGCCACCUGCCUACAUGAUCAAGGCGUGGUUCCUAAAACAACCAAUCAAACAAGCACUCAACCAGUACAAAAAUGACAUUUUUCAAGAAAAGUUGCUCUUGCGAUACUGGUCCUUGUGGAUCCCAGCGCAAAUGUUCAUGUUUGCAGUGGUGCCCAAGCACUUGCGAGUGGCUGCUACGGCUGCUGUCAGCUUUGUGUGGCUACUCAUCUUGACCAAGCUCACAUCCAAAAAGAAUUGAUUGGCAAACACACCAAACAAAGCAAGGAAAAGCAAAAACACCAAUCAACUGUACAACAACAAUUCAUGCAAUACCAUUAUUAGUAUAAUAGAAGAAUUUUUGACUAUCAAAAGACAGUUUGCUAAACUAGUAGAGUUGCAAGG